CACUUCUACAAGAGAAAAAUGUCGUGAUUUGUUCAAGUAUUAUCUUGUAGUCCAAUGGUUUAAAGUUGGUGGAGAAGAGAGACCACCAAUAGUGCAGAAUAUGGCUGGAAUUACGGAGGAGCUGGGGGACCCGGCCAUACAGGGCACUACAGCUGAGACCUUCCACCUGGCAUAUUCUAUUAUGGAUUCCUCCCGUGUCUCAACCUUCUUCAUCUCCAUCCUUCUCAUCGUGUACGGAUCCUUCCGAUCCAUCUCUAUGGAGGAGGGGAAGGGGGUGGGGGAGGACGGAGAGGAUGAGAAGAGAAGGGAGCAGAGCGUGACCACUCUGGACUCCCUGCAGGCAAUGUGUCUCCCCCUGGGAGCUUCAGUUUCUCUUCUCAUCAUGUUUUUCUUCUUCGACUCCAUGCAGUUGUUGUUUGCUGUCUGCACAGCUGUUAUAGCAACUGUUGCCCUGGCGUUCCUUCUUCUGCCGAUGUGUCAGUAUCUGGUGAGACCGUGCUCAGCAGGAAAGGGAAAGAUCUCGCUGGGUAUGUGCGGCAGAUUCUCCCUGGCAGAGUUGGUUUCGGUAACCAUCUCCGUUGGAGUUGUGUGCGUCUGGGUCCUCACAGGGCACUGGGCUCUCAUGGACUUCCUCGGGAUGGGUCUCUGCGUAGCCUUCAUUGCGUUUGUGCGGCUGCCAAGCUUGAAGGUGUCCACCCUGCUCCUCACCGGACUUUUGCUCUACGACGUUUUCUGGGUCUUCUUCUCACAGUACGUAUUCAGCGCCAACGUGAUGGUUAAAGUAGCCACGAGGCCAGCAGAGAACCCAAUGGGAAUAGUUGCGCGCAAGCUCUCCCUUGGCGGAAGCAUGGCUCGCAAUGCCCCACGACUAUCUCUACCCGGAAAACUGGUUUUCCCUUCAACACACAAUGUUGGUCACUUCAGCAUGCUUGGCCUGGGAGAUAUUGUAAUGCCAGGGCUUCUUCUUUGCUUUGUCAUGAGGUAUGAUGCGUAUAAGAAGGCUCAGGCUGCCAAGUUAGCUGAGAAUGGCAUUCCUCUACCCUCACACUGGAAUAGACUUUCCUACUUCCACUGCUCUCUCUUCGGAUACUUCCUUGGGCUCCUCACUGCAACCAUCUCUAGUGAGGUAUUCAAAGCAGCUCAGCCUGCCCUGCUCUACCUUGUUCCAUUUACACUUCUCCCUCUACUAACCAUGGCUUGGCUGAAGGGAGAUCUGAGAUCCAUGUGGUCCGAACCGUUCGCGACUCAGCCACCAAGCAAAUUCCAAACAAUCUGAAUUUCAUCUUGUAAUCAAACAUAUUCAUCCUACCAAACUCAUCUAGUUUUUCUAAAUCCUUCACACCAAGAAUCAAUUCUGUUUAUUUAAUAUUCAUCUCCUUCCAUUCGUUACGAGACAAAAGCAUAGGAGAUCUAGAUUUUCAGUUCUUAAAAGGUUAUCAUAACAACUAGAUUUAGUCUGUUCAAAGUAUUAUUCAGAUCUAAGCCUCCAAGGCCAGAUUAUGAUACAUAAAAUUGAAGUAAAUUUAACGUGAUUCUGUUCAGCACUGUAAUACUCCGAAAAUGAGACGAAUGUACCCAGUAUAAAAUCAAUAUUUAGUCAUAAAUUAAUAGAAACCCUUGAUAUUUGAUGAACAAGUACUUCGGUUUAAAAUUAUGUUCGUUCGCAACUGUUUAAGCAAUGUCUCUCUAGUCUAUGAAAUCCUGCAGGAUGCUUAUUACUUAUCCUAACCAUCUUGAAAUACUUGUUUAUUUCAAGUUUAUUGUUCGUUCUAGUUCGUUCCCACCCGUUCAUCUUCAAGAAGGGCAUUAAGUGUGUUGUUGGCUGUGCUGUGAAUGGAAUAAUUCUCAAUUAUAAUAGUUAUUUACAUUUUAAUUACCAUAUGAUUUGUGUGCAUAAUAUUGUUGUACUUAGUACAUAACAUAGUUGUACCGUGUACGUGUUCCUAAUCCUGUAGUGAAUUGAAUGUGUUUGUUGUAUGUUUACAUAAUACUAGUUAAUUUGUAUCAUGUGUUAUUUAAGUAUUGUAAAAACGUAAAUUCUAAUUUUGCCAAAUAUCAAAUAUUAAUUUUAAAAAUGAUAUUAACCACGUGAUUAUUAAGUUAACAUUACAUUCUGAUAAAAGCUUUUUUUACAUUCUCAUUCUUAUCAAGAAAACUCCAUUCCAUUUAUUAGAUCGAAAUUAUGAAAAGUCAAUUUGUAAAAUUAUUUUAAAAAGAAAUUAGGGAUUAAUUUUUUGUUUAAAUUCUAUUUCAAUUUAUGAUACAGUGAAAUCAAAUAAAUAGCGAUAUAGUUAUCGUCUUUGUUAUUUCGUAAGAGAAGAGACUCCACCAAGAACUUUGUAAUCGAUAUCUUUGGAAAUCUAAUCUAAUCAUUUCCAGAGCUAUAUCAGUUGAAACACUUACCAACCUUAGCUGCAUUUCUGAUAAAGGAAGAACGAAGACGACAAUGUUUCUUCUGAAUAUUGGUUGUCGUUUUAUCAAGGCGAAACAAAUUUAAAUUCUAUUAAUGAUUGUAAACCUUAUCUAGAGUGACAAAUAAAAGGAUUAAUAAUAUAAAAUUAAAUAAUGAAAAAAUAAAACAGAAAUCCGCAUUGAGCUUUUUAUGCUCUUUUCAUCAAGAUUUAAUGUGAUGUUAAUGAAUUCCCAUUCGUAGGAAGGUAUUUAAUGUGAAUAAUGCCUGACAAAAGACCCUUAAAAUAAUGUAUACAACCCCUUUAAUACUUUAUAUAACAACAAUAAGAAGUUGAGAGUUGCAUAGUUGCAUAAAUGAUGUGGAAACUAUCCGCCAAGAUCCUGUUGUAUAAUUAUUAUCAGCAAAAACAAAUGUUAAAUGUAAAACUUCUGCACCCCAGUAAUUCUGUAGAUUUAAGAUUUAAAAAUAAAUUUAUAGAAAUCA